GGAGAGGACCAGCCGGCUGGAGCCUGACGAAGCAUUGGCCGCUCACUCUUCAGGAGGCGCUGGAAGCCGUUUGGUUCAUCCCCACGUUCACAGAUUAUCUGCUCAGUGCAGCAGUCCCGUCAGCACCUGAACCGCCGUAAUCCCUUUGGAAAGGGUAUUGGAUAUAUAUAUAUACACAUAUAUAUAUUAUAUAUUUAUGGAAUUGGAUACUGCCCUGCUCAAAUCGAAAGGGGACGGUGCGGGACUUAACGAAACAUUUCACAGGCAUCCCUCACAAGAAGAGCCAUGGGUGUGAGCAAAGUGGACAUAAGUAGGCUAUGAUUCCCCGGAAUCCUCUUUAGGAAUGGAGCCGUCUCGGAGGUCUCAGGGACCGCAGGGCUGAAGAAGACGUGUCCUCUGGAUCGCUCUCCUCCUGCAGACCGUUCUGUGGUUUCGUGGCGCAUCGACUCGUUUCUAUUAGUUGUGCGUCGCGCUGCAUGGCUGCACCAUGGCCACGCUAGUGUGCAGGGUCCAGUUCCUGGAUGAUACCGAUCCGUUCAACAGCACCAGCUUCCCCGAGCCCAGCAGACCUCCGCAGUACUCGUUCAGGGAAGAGAUUCCCCUGAUCAACCAGAUCGCUGGAGUUCACCGGCUUCUCAAAGCCCCUCACAAGCUUGAUGACUGCGCCCUCCAGCUGUCCCACAAUGGGAGCUACCUGGACCUGGACUCUACCCUGGCCGAGCAGAGGGACGAGCUGGAGGGCUUCCAGGUGGACGGAGGGAGAGGCAAGAAGCACAGCAUCGUGCUGCGCAUGCAGCUGUCUGUCCGAGUCCACGCCUGCAUCGAGAAGCUGUACAACUCCAGCGGCAGGGAGCUCCGCAGAGCGCUGUUCUCCCUCAAGCAGAUCUUCCAGGACGACAAGGACCUGGUCCAUGAGUUUGUGAACGCUGAAGGUCUGACCUGUCUGAUCAAAGUGGGCGCGGAGGCCGACCAGAACUACCAGAACUACAUCCUCAGAGCACUGGGUCAGAUCAUGCUGUAUGUGGAUGGGAUGAACGGUCUCAUCACUCAUAACGAGACGGUCCAGUGGCUCUACACCCUCAGCGGGUCAAAGUUCCGCCUGGUGGUGAAGACGGCCCUGAAGCUGCUGCUGGUGUUCGUGGAGUACACGGAGACCAACGCCGCGCUGCUCAUCAAGGCCGUGGCCGCCGUCGACUCCAAGAGAGGCACCAAGCUGUGGAGGAACGCCACGGAGGUCCUGGAGGAGAAGGACGGCGUGGACACAGAGCUGCUGGUCUACACCAUGACUCUCCUGAACAAGACUCUGGCCGGGCUGCCGGACCAGGACUCGUACUACGACAUGGUGGACAGCCUGGAGGAGCAGGGCAUGGAGGGCGUGGCCCAGAGACACCUGAGCAGGAGGGGCACCGACCUGGACCUCGUGGAGCAGUUCAACAUCUACGAGACGACCCUGCGUGGCGAGGACGGUGAUGAAGGCGGCCCAGCGGGGGGCAGCGGCCGUAAGCAGCGCCGCAGGGCCAGUGUGGGCGGAGCCGGCAUGGGCGUGGCCAGUGUGGGCGUGGCCAGCGACCCGCAGGGGGCGGAGCGGAGGCGCAGCCGGAGACACUCCCUGCAGAGUGGGCGGGGCCACUCCUCGGCCCCCGCCUCACCCUGCAGCAGCGCUAGCUUCCUGUCCUUCGGGGGGCGUGUCCCGGACGUCUCUGAGAGUAAGACAAACAGACUGCACACGUCUUACACAGCUAUAAGGAUAAUCGGGAACGGUACGCCGUACCCGGGACGGCACCAGUGCCUGGCCAGCGCUCCGACCACACCCCCCCGCCGCUUCAACACCAGCGCCCCGCCGACGCCUGAGGCCACGCCCGACAGACCGUCUUUAGGAGAUCUGCUCUCCUCCUCGUACCGCCAGCAUCAGGAGACCCUGACCGCAGAGAGAGAGAGGAGGCGUCACGACCGAGAGGAACGCCUGCAGCGGAUCGCGUGGGAAGAAAGGAACCGCCUGAAUCAAGACUUCAUUGAGAAGAGGGGAGAGAGCCGUCCGACCGGGGAAGAGAGGGUCAAAGCAGCUGAGCGGGUGGAGGGUCUUCCCAGACCACCAAUCAGAGGGCGGACAGAGAUCACGCUGUGUCUGAGCUCCAACCCCAGCAGUCGCUGUGUGUCUCGAUGCACGACACCGUCCCCUGUCGCCUCCCCUUCACGUGUCUCAUCCUUACCCGUCUCCACCUCACCUGUCAUCUCCCCCUCACCUGUCGUCUCCCCCUCACAUGUCUCACCCACACCUGUCGUCUCCCCCUCACGUGUCGCCCGCCCAUCACCUGUCGUCUCCCCCUCACCUGUCUCCCCUUCCCCUGUCACCUCCCCCUCACGUGUCGCCCACCCAUCACCUGUCGUCUCCCCCUCACCUGUCUCCCCUUCCCCUGUCACCUCCCCCUCACGUGUCGCCCACCCAUCACCUGUCGUCUCCCCCUCACCUGUCUCCCCUUCCCCUGUCGCCUCCCCCUCACCUUUUUCCCCCUCACCCGUCUCCCCCUCACCUGUCGUCUUCUCUUCACGGGUCUUCCCCUCACCCGUCUCCCCCUCACCUGUCGUCUUCUCUUCACGGGUCUUCCCCUCACCCGUGGUCUCAGCGGUAUCCAGAGUCACCAGCUCCUGCUGCCCAUCAGCUCUGGUAGCGGAGUGUGUCUCUCAAGUGGCCCUGGAGUCUUCUCCAAUAGGUCCGCAAGCACCAGCCUCAGAACCUCCUCCUCCUUCAGAACCAGCAGACGGGCAGCAGACGGACCCUCGGGAGCCGCCUGCUGAGGCUGAGGACGGGACUGAGGUCCAGACGGAGGUCCAGACGGAGGUCCAGACGGAGGUCCAGACUGACGUCCAGACUGAGGAGAGCGGAGCUCCACUCCCAGGGUCUGACGAUGAGCUGUCAGGACCUCUGGAGGAGGACGAGGAGGAGGAGGAGGAGGCACUAGAGGAGCAGCAACCGAAUGUGAAAGAGGCAGUGGUAGCAAAGGAGGAGGUCCAGGACAAUGAGGUUCUGGGAGAAGCGAAGGAGGAGGUUGGCGGCUCGGAUCCAAUGGGAGCACAGCAGCAGCAGCAUGAGGAGGAGAAGGAGAAGGUGGAGGAGGAGAAGGAGAAGAAGGAGGAAGAAGAGGAGAAGGAGAAGGAAGAGAAGGAGGAGAAGGUGGAGCAGGAGAAGGAGGAGAAGGAGCAUGCGGUGGAAAGGGACGUAGAGGAGAGCAUUCUGCUGAGCGAGAAGGAGCGACAGAACGAGGAGGUGAACGAGAAGGACAACUGCUCCGCCUCCAGCAUCUCGUCGGCCAGCAGCACCCUGGAGCGGGAGGAGCGGGAGGAGCGGGUCACCAGGGACAUCGAAGCAGGACCCUGGUCGGCGCGUCUGACGGACUCCAACGUCAACGAGCAGAGCAGCGGGAUCCUGAACAAGAAGCGCUUCAUGCUGGACAUGCUGUUCUCCCAGAGCGCUGGCACCGGCGGCGAGGGCGGAGCCGCCGUAGGCCCCGCCCAGACAGAGGAGGGGCGGGGCGACCAGGCCCCGCCCUCCACCAGCCUGGCCUCCCGGAUCUCCACCCUGGAGGCGCAUCGGCAGGCCCGGGAGGAGGGCCUGAGGAGGGUGGAGGUCGGGCCCCUGGAGAACCAGGGCAGCGUGCGGGCGACUGCCGAGCGCUUCGGGGACCUGGUGAAGGGCCUGAUGUCCCCCCCGGAGGCCGACGCCCCCUCCAGGGAGCAGGCCCCGCCCCCUGCGGCCGGGGCCCCGCCCCCGCCCCCUAAGAAGGAGUCGGACUACAUCUGGGACCAGCUGAUGGCGGUCCCCCGGGAGCUGCGCAUCAAGGAGAUGGACUUCACCGACCUGGGGGAGGAAGACGACCAGGACAUCCUGGACCUGGACGGCGUGAUGGGCUCCGGCAGCCUCUCGGCCCCGCCCCCUCCGCCCCCGCCACCCCAAUACCCCUGUAACUCCGCCCCUCCCGCCCCGCCACUGCCGCACGGCUGCCCCCCUCCACCCCCUCUCCAGACCCCGACGUCCGGGCCGGGCCGGGCGGGGGAGGCCCCGCUGUUCCAGAAGAAGAAGAAGACCAUCCGGCUGUUCUGGAACGAGGUGCGGCCGGCCGACCGGCAGUUCCAGAGCCACUCCAGCUGCCGGGAGUCGCUGUGGUCCAAGCUGGACCCGGUGAAGCUGGACACCUCCAAGCUGGAGCAGCUGUUUGAGUCCAAGUCCAAGGACCUCCCCGUCACCAAGAAAGCUGCCGUUGACGGCAAACGACAAGAAAUCAUCGUUCUGGACUCCAAGCGAAGCAACGCCAUCAACAUUGGCCUGACCGUGCUGCCGCCGCCCCGCACCAUCAAGACCGCCAUCCUCAACUUCGACGAGUACGCCCUAAACAAGGAGGGCAUCGAGAAAAUCCUGACCAUGACCCCCAGCGAGGAGGAGAAGCAGCGGAUCCAGGAGGCCCAGCUGGGGAACCCCGAGGUGCCCCUGGGCAGCGCAGAGCAGUUCCUCCUCACGCUGUCCUCCAUCACCGAGCUGUCGGCCCGCCUGCAGCUCUGGGCCUUCAAGAUGGACUACGAGGUCAUCGAGAAGGAAGUGGCCGAGCCUCUUCAGGACCUGAAGGAAGGGAUGGACCAAUUAGAGAAGAACAAGACGCUGCGCUGCAUUCUGGGAACGCUGCUGUCCAUCGGCAACUUCCUGAACGGCACCAAUGCAAAGGGCUUCGAGCUGAGCUACCUGGAGAAGGUUCCGGAGGUGAAGGACACGGUCCACAAGCAGUCGCUCCUCCACCACGUCUGCUCCAUCGUGGUCGACAAGUUUCCAGAGAGUUCCGACCUGUAUUCUGAGAUUGGCGCCAUAACUCGCUCGGCAAAGGUGGAUUUUGACCAGCUCCAGGAUAAUCUGGUCCAGAUGGAGCGACGGUGCAAAGCAUCCUGGGACCACCUGAAGGUCAUCGCCAAACACGAGAUGAAGCCAGCCCUGAAGCAGAAGAUGUCCGACUUCCUGAAAGACUGCGCCGAGAGAAUAAUCAUCCUGAUGAUCGUACAUCGGAGAAUAGUCAAUAGGUUCCACGCCUUCCUGCUGUUCCUGGGCCACCCCACCUACGCCAUCCGCAAGGUCAGCAUCCACCACUUCAGCAAGAUCCUGAGCGAGUUCGCCCUGGAGUACCGCACCACGCGGGAGAGGGUGCUACAGCAGAGGCAGAAGAGGGCCAACCACCGCGAGAGGAACAAAACCCGCGGGAAGAUGAUCACUGACAGUGAGGACGAAGGAGAUGGAGAGAGCGGCAAGUUCAGCGGGGCGGGGUCCGAGGGCCCGCUGGAGGGCCUCCGCAGCGCCCAGGACGAGGCCGAGCACGAGAACAUGAAGGCCGUCCUGAGGAGCGGCGGGGGGGCCGGCGGCGAGGGCGGGGGCUCGGCCGUCCCGGGGCUGAGAGGACGAACCCGGGCCUGCAGCACCAGAGGGCGCGUUCCUCUGUGGGAUUCGGCCAGCGAAGACCCGGUCAACGGCACCGACGACACGGCCGACGAGAUCAUGGACCGGAUCGUGCGCUCGGUCACCCAGGUGCCCGGCCCGCGCACGGCCCCCCGCGAAAGGAGGCGGAGCCGGCCCAACCGCAAGUCACUGAGGAGGACCCUGAAGAACGGGCUGACGGCUGAGGAGGCCAACGCCCUCGGCCUAUCAGCUGGGGAGGAGAUGCAGGUGUGAGGAGAACAGCUUCCUAUUGGACACCGAGGCACGCAGACGCUCUGAUUGGCCCUUACUUGCACUCAUCCAACCCCCUUCAGUCCACUAGGCACUAAAAGCCCAUCUCCAAUGAUUUGAUCUCCAAUGAUCUGACCUUUAAUGAUUUGAUAUCUAAUGAUCAGAUCUUUAAUGAUGUCCCCUGUCUGCCGACUGGACAGUGCUCCACAUCACCCUGGUUCUGUUCGUGUCAUGGGAGGCAGACUGAUUCUCCUCUCAGGUCCUGAUAGAGAAGGCACUCCGGGGAGGAUGAGUUGCACUGGAGGAAGUCACUGGAUCGAGGGAGUGUUGGGGAUCUGUUCAGAUGUCCAAAUAUGGGCAUCCAGUAUGAAACCAAAUUUGGGCAUCCAAUAUGAACCCAAUUUGGGCAUCCAGUAUGAGGCAGCGAUAGGACAGGAGUUCCCUCCGAAGGCAUUCCAGGUGUGGUCAACAUGUGUCCAUGAUGUCGCAGCGGGAACACCCGGACAUGUGGAAGUCUAGCAAGGUUAAAAAUAACUUUGACUUACUAGAAUUUAUAGUAAUAAAUACAAACAGAAAGCACUAACAAUUCCACAAGUUUAUAGAUAGAAAAAAAACUAUUGUCCCUAAUUGAAGUUUUGCUACAUCAUCAGUUUAUCAAGACCCGCUUUAAAAAUAAUUAACUUAUCAAUUACAGACACAAUCUAACAUUUUCCAGUAAAGAUUUCCAGUGUGUUAGACUGUUAUUUAAGACGAGCUACAGAUUUAACAGUGCCUUUCAACCACUUAUUUAUUUAAACAUUUUCAGGGAUACGGAACCAAGAAAAUGUUAGUAAAGCAAACAGGUGGAUGGUGAGUGUUGACCUCACAAGCUGGAGUCGUCCAAUCAAGAGCCCAAAUCUAUUUACCCCAACUACCUGGACUUAAUUUGUCACAGAUGAACCAGUUCACUAUAGGUCAAUAGCUUUAAACUCUCUGCUGAUGUAGGGGUCAGCAGAUCAGCUCUUUUCAGUUGCCUUACUGUAUGGAUCAUUCUCGUUUCUCUCCACAGUAGAUUCAUAUUUUGUCUCCAUAUUAUACUUUAUGAAUUACUUUUAUGAAACGGAUCAACUGUUCUUUCAAAUAUCAUUGUUAUAAAAAGCACACAACCAAGAGCCAAAAUAUUUUUAGACACAUGAAACAGGGAGGCAAAAUGCUUACAAAUAAUCAAAUAAACCUGGAAACGCCAAGAUUGUGCUGUAAAUGUAGACAGCCCUUGGCGAUGCUGUUUUUACUGUUGCGUGAAGUUCUCAUAUUGUUCAAACAGGUCACUAAUCGAUAGGCAUUCAGAAUGAUCCAUUAUAUUGACUAAGCCGCACAUCUUCAUUUCAUAGUUCUUCAGAAAUGACUGGAAGAUUUCGAGCACCUUAAAGAGAUUUUUGUAGCAUGGGACCUCUGUCAGAAGUGUACGACCUUUUCUCCCAUUUUACUAGUUGGGUCAAAUGGCAGACGACAGGAAGACAACCAUGUAAAGGAUUGCUGUAAAAUGAUGUAAACGUUCCUGUUCAUCUUCCAUGUGUGGCUCCUUGUGUAGAAUAGUGUAUUAUAGUCAAAAGCAGUAUUAUUCUAAUAAAUGCGUUAUUUAAGCUAAACCAAGCCCUGCAUGGUUUCUAUAAGAUGUGGGACCUCCUGCUACGCAAGGGGAGGUCUGAAUCUCAGAGGUUUUGUUUUGUCUGUCUUGUUUCUUUGUGUUUAAACUGUGCAAACUUGAAAGUUGACGAAUGCAGUGGUCAGACAGUUUCUCCGGUGGUAUUCUCCGGAAGCCUUUGAUUUGCCCUCCAUGCGGCCCUAGGUCCUGCGUGUGUAUUAGCCCUAGCAUCACGGAGCCCAUACACCACCAGGGACACGAGGGCAACUCAGCGCUCGCUCACCUCGCAUCCAAAACACAAUUGUAACGAUUACAAUAAAGAGGCUGACCUAAAGACGUGUUUCCAUUGCCUUUCUGCCUACCUGCCGUUCUCACAAGACCUUUUUAAAUGUCUCAUAGCGCUCUCCUUACGGUGCCACUGUUGCGCACACAGCAGACCGGUCCCUUCCCCUUCCCCAACCAUGUGUAUGGGCGAUAGGAACCUUGUGUGUGACCGGUGAAGUAGCGGACGUCUCAAUUCAAGAAGGGUGCCGCUCUGGCUGACCUGUACAGGAAAUACAUCAGUCCUUCCUUUUGACAUGAAUCGCCUCAGAGAUGCAUUUGGAAAGCCAGACAGACCCCAGUCAUCUGGCUUUUUAUUUGCUAGUGGAUUGGAAAGAUUCGUUUUUUUAGGGCAGAGAGAAAAAUGUACAAGAAAAAACAAACAAGCAUUCAAUAACACAUUAAUUCAAUUAAAAACAGGAAAGAAAAAGAGUCCGGGAACAGACAGAUCUGCCUUUUGUUUUUAUUUUGGAACCCAAACAACCCCAUGCUGCAAGAAACCGAUCUAAUGCUUCUGAUCGGUCCGGCCUAACGUCUGCCGAUCAAGACGAUCUGACGUCUGCCGAUCGAUCCGAUCAAACAUCUGCCGAUCGAGGAGAUCAAACGCCAAUCGAGCAUGUACAGAAGCCAAUGACAAUAAUCCACUUGAUCUGAGCUUCACAGACAGUCAAUCAUACAGAAGUAUGGUGGUGGUGGAGAUCUAUGGAUCUGUAGUUGUGAUUUGGGUUUUUGCCUUUUAAUAAACAAUGCACAAGACAGCAAGAUGAAGAAGACAUUAACUAAUAACUCUGAGGGGAGGGAAAUAGAACUAAAGAGCACCAAAAUAAAAAAGGAAAAAGCCAAACAGAAAUUGCAAUGUUGAACGUGUCUUAGAAAAUCCAGUGCAACCUAAGACACAUUCUGCGUAAUAAUAGUUGGAAUCUAAACCAGGGAAAAUAUCAAUAAUAACAAUUUGUAUCUCCUGACCACAUUAUCCAAAUCUAUUCAUAUAGAGCAUUUUUUCCCUGAACAAUCUUUGCACAGUACCAUAUAAUUGUAUAUAAAUUACAAAUUGAAUUUUCCCUUUCCACCAGACGAUGAUUUACUUAGUAAAACCCCUGAAGGCGGACUGGAGGGAUGCGUGAUGCAGGGUUCGGGUUCAACUGCUCAAUUAGAAAUUUGAGGGAAUUUAAUUUCUUGCAUAAUUUAUGUUUGUCGUUGAGUGAAUGGCCUCACCGAAUGAGUGAAUCUGGAAUAGCACCAAGUACAAAACCUGACCAUUUUUUUGGCCAAUCAUUCGAAAAUAGUAUGUUUUAAAAAUAGCAUAUAGCAAGUGUGCAGUGCAGUCUAUGCAUUAACUGCAAAGUGAUUAGAUUUACAAAAAAGCGCAAAAAACAACAAAAAAGGAACCCUAGUGAACAAAGCUAGCUCCACACUAGCCUGGCCUCCUUCCGUGUGGACCCAAGGUUUACUGCCACGAUGUUACGCGUUUCUUAUCUCAGAAUCAAAUCCACGAGGCGCUAUGUUUAGACACAGUACACAGAGUGUUUGGUACAGUAAGGUCAGUACUUUACUGAGAUUAGACAGGAAAAAUUACCCCCCCCCCUCCC